CAAGACAACAAGUAGGACUUCGCCAGUCCCGCUCGGCUUGGAAGGUUGCCUUUUACCCUCGGCCCCCUCUCCGUUGGCCAGUCGUAGCAACCACACAGUCCUUCGCACAAUCUCUUUUGGUUAAGCAGCAGCAGCAGCAGCAGCGAGGGCCCCAGCAGCCAUGACGAUCGUGUACGCGCUGAUAGCGCGAGGGAAGGCGGUGUUGGCGGAAUUCACCGCUACGGCGGGGAACUUCCCGACGGUUACAAGGGUCCUUCUCAACAAGAUCCCUGCCGAGGCAACAAGAAUGUCCUACGUUUGGGAUGCUCACGUGUUCCACUACAUCGUGGAGAAUGGGGUCACUUACCUGUGUAUGGCUGACGAGCAAUCACGGCGACGGGUGCCCUUCGCCUUUCUCGAGGACAUCAAAACUAAGUUCGGCGCGCAAUACGGAGCCAGCAUCCACACCGCACCGGCCUUCAGCAUGAAUGCCGAGUUCGCCCCCAUCCUUCAAAGGCAAAUGGAUGCGUUCAACUCGAACCCUCCAGGGGAUUCCCUACAGGGGGUAAGGUCACAAAUCGAAGACGUGCGCGCCGGCAUGCUGGAGAAUGUCGACAAGGUGCUGGAACGAGGAGAAAAGAUUGAGUUGCUGGUCGACAAAACCGAUCAACUGAACCAGCAAGCGUUCCGUUUCGACCGAGCAUCGAGGAGCUUAAGACGAACCAUGUACUGGCGGAAGGUCAAGACCGGUGUCGCUGCUGCUGGCGUAGCAGCUAUCCUGAUGUUUGCCGCUGGGGCGACGGCAUGCGGAGGAGUGACCUUCUCCCACUGCCGAUCUUGAGCCGUUGCUGUAUUGGGGACUAGGUGUCGAAAGUGUGCCAGCGGUGCACGAGAGCAUGUGAGCUACUCUGCAUGUAGGGGCGGGGUCGAACAUGCAAGAACUGCGGUGUAUCUACGUAUAUGCCGCGAUUAUGCGACGCGGCAAGGGGUUGCUUUGACGAACAGGUUAAUAUGGCUUUGCUGCGAUAGGUAUUCCGCGCACAGCGCGUUCUCUUUGUUAGGCUGAAUUGCCUGCCACUAGCUCCUUGGUACGUGAUCAACCAAUAGUGAGUAAAGUCGCGCUUAAAACAUUUAUCGCCUCGUGUUGUGAUACGGCGAUGUUGCAGUAGUUGUUCAGCGUUUUUAUUAUACAUUCCGUUGCACGUUGUUAAACCUGCGGCUGCCUAGCUAGUUUCGAUUGGACAUUUUUUUUUCCUUCUACAAUGGUAGGUCUGGUGUACUCCGUAGACACGUGGCUAUUUGUUUGUUUCGGUUGAUCAAUAAGUCAAUGAUUUGCUACUUCAAACAGGGGUGGUGCUGUGGGCUGCUGCUGCUGUUGUGUGUGUGUGUGUGUGUUUUGCUUCGUCCGCAUCUAUUCGGGCGUCAGUGUACUAUACACUAUUCGGUAUAUCUUUGACGUAGAACAUCAGCCGGGGCCACAACCGGUCGCCCCAGUGGUCUAGUGGUAUCUUCGUAAUCCGCUAGUCGCAGAGGUCGUGAGUUCGGACCCCCAUGGGGUGAAAAAUUAACGAAAUUUGCGGGUGAAAGCGAAAUAUAGCUAACAAGCUCUCGUGAGUACAAUACUUCGAAGUUAGCAUCGUUGACGAGGGCAAGGGACGGCUGGACUCUUCU